GUAAAAGUUCUAACUGCGAGAGCCUCUUUAAACUAUUUAUGGUGAAAACAUUUUUCACCAUUUUUUCAAGUUUAUUUAUAAUUUAUUUUUUAAUUUGCAAUUGGAAGAACUUCACAGCCAAACUACACUAGUGGUCUCAAGUUCAAACCUCAUGACACCUUGAUAAUGUAUGUGAGAAAUUCCCGUCUCUCUUAGUUUAGACUAUCGCUUGUUUUAAAAAUAAAAAAAAUUGCACCAUACAGGCAAGCUUGAUCUUAAGGUUGCUAGGCCUGAACCCUAAUAAUCAAAGGGCGGUUGGGUUUUACAGUCUCCUAAAUGGGUUUUACACUCUCCUAAACCCUAAACCCUAGGGAAAGAAAAAAAAAUAUAAUUGAGUAGGAAGGAAAAAAGUUAUUUCUUAUCCUAAAUUAUUUGCAUACUGACUUGCCAAAGAAGUAGCCACCAUCUCUCCCCUGUUUGUUCUAAUCUCGAGUAUAUCUUGUAAGUUUUCUUGCUCGACAAGAACCAAAAGCUUUUACACGACCCAAUAUUUUUGUACGUGCACACCAUAGUACAGCUACGUAUUUCAAUCACAGAAAGAGAGAGAAUGCUUCCAUUGUUAAAGCUUGGAACACUAGCCUUACGAACUAUUUCCAGGCCAAUUGCUAGAAGGCUCAAAGUAGAGGCUGGAUUACACCCCAGGUUUCGGGACUACAUAAUCAGCUUUGCCCAGGCAAACUAUCGUUUCAGAACAAAUCUACAAAGACGUCUAUAUGGACGGGCAACAGAUGUUGUGAUCCGUCCUAUGGAUGAAGAAAAAGCUGUUGGAGCUGCUGCAGAGCUUCUUGGGGAACUUGUUAUCUUCACGGUUGCAGGACUUGCUAUAAUCUAUGAGGUGCAAAGAAGUGCUAGAUCAGAAGCUAGAAAGGAGGAACAGCGCAAGCAAGAAAUAGAGGCAAAUUCAAGCAAUGAAGCAAAAAGGCACAGAUUUAGAAAAAGAAGUGCAAUGUCUAAAGGCCAAACUGCAAGAGAUGGAGCAACUUGUCCAGAGAAGAAGCUGGCUAGAUCUCAUCAGGUUCUGGCAAUCCCAAGCACUAGAAGAGCACAAGUCAGCAAGGUUUGAGUGAAUAAUGUUUUAGACUUUUUGUUACUCUCCUUCCCUGUAUAAACAUGCUAAUAAUAGGGAGAAAAACUUACCUGCAACGGGGUGUGUAUCUAUCUCCUCAAUCCUCUAACGUUCAUCACAUCAUGAAAAAUUAACUGUUGCAAUUGGUUCUAAAAUCAUAUUACUUACUUGAUUCAUGUAGUUUGGACUGAAUUCGACUUUGAUUCUCAUA